AACCUUCGGUUUUGUGCAGCUGGUCGUCAGCAUGUCCUUUUCUAAGGCGCCCCUGAAACGAUUCAAUGACCCUUCUGGAUGUGCACCAUCUCCAGGUGCUUAUGAUGUUAAAACUUCAGAAGUAUUAAAAGGACCAGUAUCCUUUCGGAAGUCACAAAGGUUUAAAAAACAAAAAGAAUCUCAACAAAAUCUUAAUGUUGACAAAGAUACUACCUUGCCUGCUUCAUCAAGAAAAGUUAAGACUUCGGGAUUAAAGAAAGAAUCUCAAAAGAAUGAAAAAGAUUUGAAGAUGUUGGAAAAAGAGAUUCGUGUUCUUGUGCAGGAACGUGGUGCUCAGGACAAGCGGAUCCAGGAUCUGGAAGCUGAGUUGGAGAAGAUGGAAGCAAAGCUAAAUGCUGCCGUCAGGGAAAAAACAUCUCUCUCUGCAAGUAAUGCUUCACUUGAAAAACAGCUUAUUGAAUUAACCAGGACUAAUGAGCUACUAAAAUCUAAGUUUUCUGAUGAUAGUAACCAGAAGAAUUUGAGAAUUCUAAGCCUUGAGUUGAUGAAACUUAGAAACAAAAGAGAAAUAAAGAUGAAGAGCAUGAUGGCUAAACAAGAAGGCAUGGAGGUGAAGCUGCAGGUCACCCAGAAGAAUCUCGAAGAGUCUCAGGAGAAAAUAGCACAACUUGAGGGGAAACUUAUUUCAAUAGAGAAAGAAAAGAUUGAUGAAAAAUCUGAAACAGAAAAACUUUUAGAAUACAUCGAAGAAAUAAGUUGUGCAUCAGAUCAAGUGGAAAAAUACAAGCUAGAUAUUGCCCAGUUAGAAGAAAAUCUGAAAGAGAAGAAUCAUGAAGUUUUAAGCCUUAAGCAGUCUCUGGAGGAAAAUGUUGCUAUAUUGUCUAAACAAGUAGAAGACAUGAAUGCUAAAUGCCAGCUGCUUGAAAAAGAAAAAGAAGACCUCAUCAAUAGGGACAGAGAACAGGAUGAAAAUCUAAACUCUGAGAUGCAAAACUUAAAAGAGAGGUCUGUUCUUGAGCAACAAGAACAUGAAGAGCUACAACAAAAAGUAUUGCAAAUUGAUUCACUUCUGCAACAAGAGAAGGAAUUAUCUUCUAGUCUUCAACAGAAGCUAUGUUCUUUUCAAGAGGAAAUGGUUAAAGAGAGGAAUCUCUUUGAGGGAGAAUUAAAGCAAGCGCUGGAUGAGCUAGAUAAAUUACAGCAAAAGGAGGAACAAGUUGAAAGCCUGGUCAAGCAAUUGGAAGAGGAAUCAGAAUCUAGAGGUGAAGAACUAAAACUCCUAGAAGAAAGGCUGAAAGGGAAAGAAGCUGAACUGGAGAAAAGUAACGCUGCUCACGCUCAGGCCACACUGCUUUUGCAGGAAAGGUAUAACAGUACAGUGCAGAGCCUGGGAGAUGUUACUGCUCAAUUUGAAAGCUAUAAAGCAUCAGCAGCAAGUGAGAUAGAAGAUCUUAAGGUGGAGAACAUGUCACUUCAUGAAAAAGUGGCCAAGGCUGAGAAAAGUGCAGAGGAUUUUCAGCAUGAGAUAUUGGCAACUGAGAAUGCAAAUCAAGAAUACGCAAGGAUGCUUCUAGAUCUGCAGACCAAAUCAGCACUUAAAGAAGCAGAAGUUAAAGAAAUCACAGUUUCUUCUCUUAAAAAAAUAACUGAUUUGCAGCACCAACUCAAGCAACAAGGCGAAGACUUUAAGAAACAACUGGAAAAGGGAGAAGCAAGAAAAGCUGGAAAAGAAAACUCAACGGCAGAAUUAACUGAGGAAAUGAAUAAGUGGCGUCUCCUCUAUGAAGAAUUAUAUAAUAAAACAAAACCUUUUCAGCUACAACUGGAUGCAUUUGAAGCAGAGAAACAGGCCUUGUUGAAUGAACAUGGUGCAGCUCAGGAACAGCUAAAUAAACUAAGAGAUUCGUAUGCUAAAUUAUUGGGUCAUCAGAAUCUAAAGCAAAAAAUCAAGCAUGUUGUGAAGUUGAAAGAUGAAAAUUGCCAACUCAAAUCGGAGGUGUCAAAACUCCGCGCUCAACUUGCUAAAAGAAAACAACGUGAAACAAGACUUCAGGAGGAAUUGAAUAAAGUUCUGGGUAUCAAACACUUUGAUCCUUCAAAGGCUUUUCUUCAUGAAAGUAAAGAAAAUUUUGUUCUCAAAACCCCAUUAAAAGAAGGCAAUACAAACUGCUCCUGAGCUCUUAAUGGAGUUUCAAGAAUC